GAAAUUUUCUUAAUAAAACGCAACGAAUUACGAACAAAACAAAUCACAACAAAUCAAAAAUCCAAAAUUUGGCUCCAAUAGCUAUGGAAACGCCUCAGAAUACCACUGCUAGCAAAGAAUUUCAAGUGACUGGCGUAUCCCGAAGUGGACGUGUACGUAAGAAAUCAUCCAAACUACUCGAUUUUCAAUCGCCAGAUGAAGUGGAAAAGAAACUAAAAAGAGCGGCAAAACUGCCGACUCGUAACGGUAAUGUACGUGGUAGAAACAUUAUGGGUGGUAUUGGGCGCCCCGCUCGUAGAUCCCACAUUAACGUUAGCAAUGAAUUAGGUGGUGAUCUAAGUGAUUUAGCUGAAGACGACACCGAAUUGCACGAUGAAAUGUCGGACAACGGGACAGAUGGUGAAAAUUACGGUGAUAACAAUUCGCCUACAGGUGAUUCCGAUGAUGAUCUUAAAGAGCUAGUGGCUGGUAUUGUAGAUGGGGAACCUACGGAUAGCAAUGGCAAUCCAGAAUCGAAAGUGCGUCAAAGUUUAUAUAUGACAGAGAAGGCAAACAAACGAAGGGUGCUGAAAGAUGGACGUGUUGUGACGGGAAAAGUUGAACGGAAAGAUAAAGGCAAAACACGUUACACGGCGUACAGUAUGUGGGCACGAGAAUUACGUAAAUCUGGUAAAUUGAACAAAGGACAAGAUCUAGAUUUCUCAAACACAGCAAAACGGCUUGGUGAAUUAUGGGCGAACGUUUCAAAUAAAGAGAAAGAUUCGUGGCGACGUAAAGCUAAAAUUCAAGCCACUAAAGCGAAGUCCCGUGAUCGCGUAACGACUGCUACCAUUGUAAAUCCAUCGUUGGCUUACUUUAAACCAACAACAAGAGCCAAAAAUUUAACUGAAGGGCAAGAGCAAACGCCACCGCCAAUAAGUACAGCACAGACGAACAGAGCGAAGCCACGUGGCAACUCCAUUUCAGUGGCCAGUAAUGCAGGCGAUUCCCCAACCACUGGUUUAACAACAAAACGUCGAAGAAAUAAUAGCCUCAAUCGAGGCAAUGGCGUUAACAGCAACAAUCUUUCAACACAACUGAUCGCUACCAACAAUAACAACACAACAAACAACAAUUACACGAGUAACGCAGCAGUGACCACACAUACUGUAAAUUCGCACAGCAGAAAGUCGUCAGUGCCAAAUAUUGAGCCUGUUGAUACGGCAGCACACCUAAAAUUGCUCGGUGAGAGUUUGACCAUCAUCGGUGAGCGACUUAAAGAACAUGAAGGGCAAAUUGCGGUGUCCGGUAGCCUUUCCGUAUUGCUAGACAGUCUGCUUUGCUCACUGGGACCACUACUGUGCCUGACAACACGCAUACCCGGUUUAGAACGAAAGCCACAGCUGAGUGAAAACUUAACGGCGACAUUGGACAAUAUCGCAUACGUCAUGCCGGGUCUUUAGUAUGCUGGAUACUGAUUGUAUUUUAUUUGCUAUAAAGUUGAUCUUUUCUUAGCUAUUAAGUGAUACCCGUAAGAGGUAAGUGUUGUGAGAGUGUAAGCGAAGAAAUAAAAGUUUAUAUUUAGGUUUUAACUUACAAAUGCAUAUUUAUUAUAAAGUCAAAUGCAAGGUUAAAUAAAAAGGAAUGUAUAAAUCUAA